AUGAACGUAUUCGAAGGGCUCGCGCCCGCCUGGUUUCACAGUGUCAAAGGUGUGCCAGCCUACAAGGCGGCCGAGAACCUUGGACAUCCAAUAUGGUCUGAAAUUGACUUGUGGCUCAUGGAUACACGGAGGUUUCUCGACCGGGCGCUAGACAUUAUCGGGGGACGAACGGCAGACUAUCUUCGGCGAGAGAGAUUUAGGACCCGGCAUGAGGAUAGCGACAGUUGGACCUCACUAUACGGAGAGCAGCUCCUCAAGGACCUCGCCACAAACUCGACCGUAGCCAAGAAGCAUUAG